GCUUCCCCCGUAAUAAUAACCGAAUCCCCAGACCAAAUCGCCGUCGCCGUCGCCGUCGCAUCGCAGCAGCGGGAGUCCCAGGGUCCCGGACCGAAUCCAUUUCCAGACACCCAAGGCCAAGAUCCAUCGCUCGUUCCAACCAGCCUUCUUCUUCUUCUGCUUGGUCGUCUGAUCUCGUUUUCCAUUCGUGUCCAAUCCGAUCCAGCCAACCGCUGUGAAUGAUGGCGCUCAACCUGUCCCACCAGACCGGCGCGGCCGUGGCGGCGGCACCGGCGGCGCCACGCGCGGCCGUCGUCGCGGCGGCGGCCACGGCGCCACGCUCGGCCGUCGUCGCCGCGGCGGCCACCGUGGCGCCGCCGCCCGCGUCGGCGCCCGCCCCCGCUCCGGCGCUCCAGCUGCAGACGAUGACGGUGGACCCGGCCCCCGCGCAGGCGCCCGACGCGGUGAAGCCGGACCUCGCCAUGGCGUGCCAGGCGCUGGUGGAGGCCGCGCCCGAGGCGGAGCACGCCGACGUGGCCGCCGAGCUCCGGAGCAGGGCCGGGGUGCCCGUCUUCGUCAUGAUGCCGCUCGACACCGUGCGCAAGGACGGCAACUCGCUCAACCGGCGCAAGGCCGUGGAGGCCAGCCUGGCGGCGCUCAAGAGCGCCGGGGUGGAGGGCAUCAUGGUGGACGUCUGGUGGGGCAUCGCCGAGGCCGACGGGCCCGGGCAGUACAACUUCAACGGGUACAUGGAGCUCAUGGAGAUGGCCAAGAAGACCGGGCUCAAGGUCCAGGCCGUCAUGUCCUUCCACCAGUGCGGCGGCAACGUCGGUGAUUCAGUCACCAUACCACUUCCGGGAUGGGUCUUGGAGGAGAUGGACAAGGACCAGGACCUGGCCUACACGGACCGGAGCGGCCGCCGGAACUACGAGUACGUCUCCCUGGGCUGCGACGCGAUGCCCGUGCUCAAGGGCCGCACCCCCAUCCAGUGCUACGCCGACUUCAUGCGCGCCUUCCGCGACCACUUCGCCACCUUCAUGGGCAACACCAUCGUGGAGAUCCAGGUCGGCAUGGGCCCUGCCGGCGAGCUGCGCUACCCGUCCUACCCGGAGAGCGACGGCACCUGGUCGUUCCCUGGCAUCGGCGAGUUCCAGUGCUACGACAGGUUCAUGCUGAGUAGCUUGAAGGCGGCUGCUGAGGCCGUGGGCAAGCCGGAGUGGGGCAACGCGGGUCCGGGCGACUCCGGCAGCUACAAGGACUGGCCGGAGGACACGGGCUUCUUCCGGCGCGAGGGCGGGUGGAGCACGGAGUACGGGGAGUUCUUCAUGAGCUGGUACUCGCAGAUGCUCCUGGAGCACGGCGAGCGCAUCCUGUCGGCGGCGACGGGCGUGUUCACGGGUUCCCCCGGCGUGAAGAUCUCGGUGAAGGUGGCCGGGAUCCACUGGCACUACGGCACCCGGUCCCACGCGGCGGAGCUGACGGCGGGGUACUACAACACCCGGUCGCACGACGGGUACGCGCCCAUCGCGCGCAUGCUGGCGCGCCACGGCGCCGUGCUCAACUUCACGUGCGUGGAGAUGCGCGACCACGAGCAGCCGCAGGACGCGCAGUGCCGCCCCGAGGCGCUGGUGCAGCAGGUGGCCGCCGCGGCGCGGGAGGCCGGCGUGGGCCUGGCCGGCGAGAACGCGCUGCCGCGCUACGACGACACGGCGCACGACCAGGUGGUGGCCACGGCCGCCGACAGGGCCGCCGAGGACCGCAUGGUGGCCUUCACGUACCUGCGCAUGGGGCCCGACCUGUUCCAGCCCGACAACUGGCGCCGCUUCGCCGCGUUCGUCAAGCGCAUGACGGAGCCGGGCGCGCGGGAGGCGUGCCGGGAGCAGGUGGAGCGGGAGGCCGAGGGCGUCGCGCACGCCACCCAGCCCCUCGUGCACGAGGCCGCCGUCGCGCUCACCAACUGACCGGACCGGCCGGCGUUCCCCGUCGACUGUGUUCGAUCGCUAGACGGGGUGGCACGCUGCGAUGACUACCUGUAUGGCGAGUCCCUAUACUUACUCAUACAUAAGCUGCGCCGCCGUGUCGUCGGUGCGUGCACCGCGCAGUAGUGUGCGUACAGCGGAAGCUGCGACUGCGAGCGAGGUAGGGUGUGGGGUGGGUGACUGGGGUACGGUACGUAGGUGCCACGUUGGAGGCUUUGGCGUUUGCUCAGAGCCUGGCAGGAGAUGGGUUUGAUGUUCUGCUGCUGUGUUACUGUAUCCUACACCUACAGAAUGUGCUAUGAUUUGUACUGCUAUAAUUUUUAACGAAGAUACAAACUUCUACAAAA